GGGGGGCGGGGCUCCCGCGCAGGUCACGUGAGGGGCCCGGUGGCGGAGGUGGUGGAGGUGGUGGCGCGGCGGCGGCUGCGGCGGCCGCGGCGUCUAGAGCGGCGCUCAGUGCAGGAUGUUGCAGGAGACGGCGCCGGUGUCGUUGGCGGCAGCGGGCGGAGGAGCAGCGACGGCUGAGGCGCCCGCGGGCGGGAUAAAAUGGCGGAUUUCGAGGAGUUGAGGAAUAUGGUUUCUAGUUUUAGGGUUUCUGAAUUACAAGUGUUACUGGGCUUUGCUGGACGGAAUAAAAGUGGGCGCAAGCAUGACCUCCUGAUGAGGGCGUUGCAUUUAUUGAAGAGUGGCUGCAGCCCUGCGGUUCAGAUUAAAAUUCGAGAAUUAUAUAGACGCCGAUACCCACGGACACUUGAAGGUCUUUCUGAUCUAUCCACAAUCAAAUCAUCGGUUUUCAGUUUGGAUGGUAGUUCAUCACCAGUAGAGCCUGACUUGGCUGUGGCUGGAAUCCACUCGUUGCCUUCUACUUCAAUUACACCUCAUUCACCAUCAUCUCCUGUUGGUUCUGUGCUGCUUCAGGACACUAAGCCCACCUUUGAGAUGCAGCAGCCAUCUCCUCCCAUUCCUCCUGUCCAUCCUGACGUGCAGUUAAAAAACCUGCCCUUCUACGACGUUCUUGAUGUUCUCAUCAAGCCCACGAGCUUAGUUCAAAGCAGUAUUCAGCGGUUUCAAGAGAAGUUUUUUAUUUUUGCUUUGACACCUCAGCAAGUUAGAGAGAUAUGCAUUUCAAGGGAUUUUUUGCCAGGUGGCCGGAGAGACUAUACAGUCCAGGUCCAGCUGCGACUUUGCUUGGCAGAGACCAGCUGCCCUCAAGAAGAUAACUAUCCCAAUAGUCUGUGUAUAAAAGUAAAUGGGAAACUCUUUCCUUUGCCUGGCUAUGCACCACCACCUAAAAAUGGGAUUGAACAGAAGCGCCCUGGACGCCCCUUGAAUAUUACAUCUUUAGUUAGGUUGUCUUCAGCUGUGCCAAAUCAGAUUUCUAUUUCCUGGGCAUCUGAAAUUGGGAAGAAUUACUCCAUGUCUGUGUAUCUUGUACGACAGCUUACGUCAGCUAUGUUAUUACAGAGAUUAAAAAUGAAAGGUAUUAGAAAUCCUGAUCAUUCCAGAGCACUAAUUAAAGAAAAACUUACUGCAGACCCUGAUAGUGAAAUUGCUACAACUAGUCUUCGAGUGUCCUUGAUGUGCCCUUUAGGAAAAAUGAGGCUGACAAUCCCAUGCCGAGCAGUAACAUGUACACAUCUGCAGUGCUUUGACGCUGCCCUUUAUCUUCAAAUGAAUGAGAAGAAGCCCACCUGGAUCUGUCCUGUUUGUGACAAAAAGGCUGCCUAUGAGAGUCUGAUACUAGAUGGGCUUUUUAUGGAGAUUCUCAAUGGCUGUUCUGAUGUGGAUGAGAUCAAAUUCCAGGAAGAUGGUUCUUGGUGUCCCAUGAGACCUAAGAAAGAAGCUAUGAAAGUAACCAGCCAGCCCUGUACAAAAGUAGAAAGUUCAAGUGUCUUUAGUAAACCUUGUUCAGUGACUGUAGCCAGUGAUGCAAGCAAGAAGAAGAUAGAUGUUAUUGAUCUAACAGUAGAGAGCUCUUCUGAUGAAGAGGAAGACCCUCCCGCCAAAAGGAAGUGCAUCUUUAUGUCAGAAACACAAGGCAGUCCAGCCAAAGGGGUUCUCAUGUAUCAGCCAUCUUCUGUAAGGGUGCCCAGUGUGACUUCAGUUGAUCCUGCUGCUAUUCCACCUUCAUUAACAGACUACUCAGUGCCAUUCCACCACACGCCAGUGUCAAGCAUGUCAUCAGAUUUGCCAGGUUUGGAUUUUCUUUCCCUUAUUCCAGUUGAUCCCCAGCGCUGGGAACACAAUUCGAAUGGGAUACGACGUUGACUACAUUGUCAGAUGAUGCUCCAGCUUCAGUCUCUCCAUCAAGGCAUUAGAUGAAACUUCUCAGAGUCUCUCCUAAGAGGAGAGAUUGGAAAAGCAGAGAAGAGCAUGGACUUGUACCAGCGUCCCAGAAGGCAAGGACCGCACCCAGCAUACACACGCUCUGGCAAUGGCAUAAUUCUUUGGAGGCCCAUCCCUAGCCGUGCCUAACCUACUGCCAUGAAUCUCAAAUGAACUGAAUGAUUAGACACUUAA